GAAUUUUUACGCUGAAAUAUAGUAUCUAUACAUUAAUUUCUUCGCCUCGAAAAACCUAUCAGUAGUAUGAUUAGAAAUGACUCCAUCUCUCAUUCCCUUCCAUUUUAACGCCGCUUUUUGGACGUCGCUGAAACUAUAUUGUACUUUUUUGUUUCAGGUCCAGAAUCAGCGCAUGCGUACAGUAACUAACGUGUUUCUUCUAAACUUAGCCAUUUCUGAUCUAAUGCUGGGGGUCCUGUGUAUGCCUUUCACGCUUACUGGAGCUCUAUUGAGGAAUUUCAUUUUUGGCGAAAUUAUGUGCAAGUUGUUACCAUUCCUACAAGGAAACCUGGAACGGUAUGGUCCCAAAAACUACAUUGGAAAUAACCUGGUGGUGAACAUGGACCACAAUAUGGAAAGCUUAGUUAUCGCAGGUAACAACUGCAACAUCUUGGUGAAAAGAAAUAAUGGCAAAUUGAAGAUUAUAGGCGACUGUUGUAAAGUUUCUGUCAACGACGGUGAUGGCACUAUCAGAUAUGUUGGAAAUGGAGGUGAAAUUUCAAUUGGAAUGGGGGUCUCCAAGGAUCUGGUGACUUAUACAGGGAAAUAUGGAAGCAUCAUCGAAUCGGAUCUAGUUGAACCUGCACAAAACUUAGUUCCAAUUAAGAAGAACGCUGGGUAUCGUGCUAGGAGCAGGUGUCAGAUUAUUGACAUUAGCCACGGUGUAGUGAUUAGACAUGUCUUGUGAAAUAAUAUAGUGAAGGUAUUGUAGCAC